GUGGAUGUAGCAGAGCGAGGGAGGGUUGGCGCGGCCCGGUUAUUUGGACACGUUUAUGGUUAUCAAAUUUGACAAUAAACAUCGGACAGUCCUGUAUGACUCGGAGUUAACGAUACGUCAGCAUGGGUGGGUUGCUCAGCUACUUUCGUAACCUGCUCGGUAGCCGCGAGAUGCGGAUCUUGAUCCUAGGCCUGGACGGCGCCGGCAAAACCACGAUUUUGUACAGGUUACAGGUCGGCGAAGUGGUAACUACAAUACCAACCAUAGGGUUCAAUGUAGAACAAGUUACUUACAAAAAUUUAAAGUUUCAAGUCUGGGAUCUCGGUGGUCAAACGAGUAUACGACCAUACUGGAGGUGUUACUAUUCCAAUACAGAUGCGAUAAUUUAUGUGGUAGAUUCGGCAGACAGAGAUAGAAUAGGCAUAUCAAAGGAUGAAUUAAUUCUCAUGUUACAAGAAGAAGAGUUACAAGGCGCGAUCUUGGUGGUACUGGCGAAUAAACAGGAUAUGGCGGGAUGCCUUAGUGUCGCGGAGGUCCAUCAAGCGCUCGGAUUGGACGCUCUUAAAAACAGAACCUUCCAAAUAUUUAAAACUUCCGCGACGAAAGGCGAAGGGCUUGACCAAGCCAUGGACUGGUUGUCGAAUGCGCUACAGAGUAGAAAAUGAUCAAUAUUACGUCACAGUUAUUUAUAUUUGAGCCUUACAAGGGGAUUAGUCACACGACUGUCGCUCUAAAUGUGUCGUCAGGUUGUGAUCACCGGACACAUGAUGUUUUGUUUAUUUAUUGUAAUUAUUGUAUUUUAAAUAUUUCCUUUACAAUUUACAGAGCAAGAAUAUUUGAGGAAUCGCAGUACUUUUUCAUAACGGCUGAAAUAUAUAACAAUAAAGGGA